AUGGUCUAUCCGUACCACUUUAUUUCUGACACCCCUAGGAUGUGGACCCUGGCCACCUGGCUCAGCCCCACCGAGCCUCCCGCCCCGCCCCCGCCCCCGCCCCCGCACUCUCUCCUCCGCGCCCCGCCCCCCGCCGCCGGACGAAGCCCCCCACCCAGCGCCCUGCAGCCAAGCCCAGACCUGCCCCGGAGGCUGCCCAGCGCCCACUCUGGGGGUCCCCGGUCCUUCGGGGCACACCGUGUUCGCCUGGCUCCUUGGGGCGCUGUCCAGGUCUCCAUGGCCCUGAUCUGCCCCAGGACCCCGACCCUGGAGGCCCGGGAGAGCGCGGACCCCGACGCAGCCGGCCGUGGGGACCCGGAGCAGUGGGGGCUGCCCACUGAGAUCCGUGAGGCCCCUUCCCCUCCUCCAGUGCCCUCCCUGCCUUUGGGGAGCAACCCGGGGACCGUCCCCACGGGUCCUUGGAGCCACCCACCGCCCGGACACCCCCAAGGGGAUCCCAGGGGCUCCCUCUCACCCCAUGGUGGGAGCAGGGUGGACAGAGCCGGGCGGGUCAGGGCUCCCGGGCAGUGGCCGAUGGCAUCGUCUCCCGGCAUGUGUGUGGCCUGUCGCCUGGCGUGGUGUCCCGGGGUGUCCUGCAUGGCCACCAUCCUUGCUUGUGGACCCCUCACCCCAGUCCUGGACGAGGAGCUCAGCAUGGACGUGAUCCUGGUGGGCUCCAGCGAACCGUUGCCCACUGCCUCGCCCUGGCCUAGCAGAGAGCGGAUCGCCUACGAAGUCAGGGUGAACCGGCAGGACAUAGAAGACAUCUGCAUCUGCUGUGGGAGCUGCCAGGUCUGGACACAGCACCCCCUGUUUGAGGGAGGGAUGUGCACUCCGUGUAAGGACAAGUUCCUGAGCUCCCUCUUCCUGUACGACGACGACGGCUACCAGUCCUACUGCUCCAUCUGCUGCUCGGGCCAGACGCUGCUCAUCUGCGAGAACCCCGACUGCACCCGGUGCUACUGCUGUGACUGCGUGGACACCCUGGUGGGCCCCGGGACGUCGGGGAAGCUCCAGGCCAUGAGCAACUGGGUCUGCUUCCUGUGCCUGCCCCUCCCGGGCCACGGGCUGCUGCGGCGGCGGAGGAAGUGGCGCGGGCGGCUGAAGGCCUUCCAGGACCGCGAGGCGGAAAGUCCUCUUGAAAUGUAUAAGACUGUGCCUGCGUGGAAAAGAGAGCCGGUCCGGGUGCUGUCUCUCUUUGGGGACAUCAAGAAAGAGCUGCUGAGCUUGGGCUUCCUGGAGAGCGGCUCGGGCCAGGAGCGGCUGAGACACCUGGAGGACGUCACGGACGUGGUGCGGAGAGACGUGGAAGAAUGGGGCCCCUUCGACCUCCUGUACGGCGCCACGCCUCCCCUCGGUCAUCCCUGUGAGCACCCUCCCGGGUGGUACGUGUUCCAGUUUCACCGGCUCCUGCAGUACGCGCGGCCCCGGCCGGGCAGCGGGCAGCCCUUCUUCUGGAUGUUCGUGGACAACCUGGUGCUGACCGCGGAGGACCGGGCCGUGGCAUCUCGCUUCCUGGAGACUGACCCGGUGACCAUCCAGGACGCCCGCGGGAGGGCCGUGCAGGACGCCGUGCGUGUGUGGAGCAACCUGCCCGCCGUGAAGAGCCGAGACUCGGCUCUGGCCCCUGAAGACGAGUUGUCACUGCGCGCUUGGGACCGGCAGAGAGCAAAGCUCCCCGCCCAGGGCCCGGCCGCGCUGGUCAAGAACUGCUUUCUCCCCCUCAGAGAGUAUUUCAAGUAUUUUUCAAUGGAACUCACUUCCUCUUUGUGAAUGAAUCAUUAUACUGUGAAAACAGAAAAAGACUUUUCCUAGAACAAAAAUAAUGUUCUUCAUAUUGUCUCUCUUUCCUCUUCAGAUUAUUAUUUUAUUUGCUUGAGUUUUGAUUUAUUGUGGUUGGCACAGGUCCGUCUUUUAUUUGGCAGCAGAGACGCAGGGCCCCUCCCCAUUAUGUUCGUCCAUGGGGUGCCCAGAGCUCUGAGCAGUUACAAACAAG